AUGGAGCUGCUGCUGCAGCACAACAGCCAGCAGUGGCGCAAGGGGCAGGCCGUCGACCCCCCUCAGUGCCUGCAGCAAAGCAGCAAACGGCUCUUCUCCUCUGACAGUCUGCUGCUCCCCCCCGUUCCUAUGGAGAUGCAGCAGCAGCAGCAGACACGGAGAAGCAUGGAGCUGCUGCUGCAGCACAACAGCCAGCAGCGGCGCAAGGGGCAGGCCGUCGACCCCCCUCAGUGCCUGCAGCAAAGCAGCGAACGGCUCUUCUCCUCUGACAGUCUGCUGCUCCCCCCCGUUCCUAUGGAGAUGCAGCAGCAGCAGCAGCAGCAGCAGCAGCAGCAGCAGCAGCAGCAGCAGUAG